UGGGGGCGCCGGGCGCCGUCACGUGCCGGAGCCCCGCUCGCCGCUGCGGAGCCGGAGGAACCGGACGGGGCCGCGGAGCCGGGCCGGGGCCGGGGGGCUGAGCCGGGACCGGCGGCGAGCGGGGUGAAUUACAGAAAGUGACUCUUACAGCAUCUUAGCUCUAUGAACUACUGAGCUGUCAAGGGACUGAGAGGCUUAUGAAGAGGUUCUGUCAAGCAAAACAGCUCUUAGCAAAGACACCAAGGAGGAGGGAAAAGAAGAAAGAGAGAGCUGAAACAGUAACAAAUCAUGAGAUCUAUCCGAUCUUUUGCUAACGAUGACCGCCAUGUUAUGGUGAAACAUUCAACCAUUUAUCCAUCUCCGGAAGAACUUGAAGCUGUUCAGAACAUGGUAUCAACAGUAGAAUGUGCCCUUAAACAUGUGUCUGACUGGAUGGAUGAAAUGAACAAGUCUGUAAAAUGUGAGAGUGAUGUGGAAGCAAAGGAGGAAGCUGCAGAAAGCAAUGCCAAGGAUCAAAGUGGUCGGACCUUGUGUGGUGUUAUGAGAAUUGGCUUGGUUGCAAAGGGUUUGCUGAUAAAAGAUGAUAUGGAUUUGGAGCUGGUUCUCAUGUGCAAAGAAAAACCCACAAAGACCUUAUUAUGUAUAGUCAAAGACAAUCUCCCCAUUCAAAUUCAGAAACUUACAGAAGAGAAGUAUCUCGUGGAGGAGCAUGUAAAUGAGGCAGCUAUUAUUAUUCGUAACACAAAGGAGCCCAAGCUAACCUUGAAGGUGAUACUUACGUCCCCUCUCAUUCGAGAUGAAGCAGAGAAGAAGGAAGGAGUAGACAGUGUUGCGAUGAAAGAUCCUCCGGACUUAUUGGACAGGCAGAAAUGCCUGGAGGCCUUGGCGUCUCUGCGGCACGCCAAAUGGUUUCAGGCCAGGGCAAAUGGACUAAAAUCAUGUGUAAUUGUGCUUCGUAUUCUGCGGGAUUUGUGCAACAGAGUCCCCACAUGGGCACCACUGAAAGGAUGGCCACUCGAGCUUAUAUGUGAAAAAUCUAUAGGUACUUGUAAUAGACCUUUGGGCGCUGGGGAAGCAUUACGACGAGUGAUGGAGUGCUUGGCAUCUGGAAUUCUGCUUCCUGGAGGCCCUGGUCUGCAUGAUCCCUGUGAACGGGAGCCAACAGAUGCUUUGUCUGAUAUGACUGUUCAGCAAAAAGAAGCCAUUACGCACAGUGCUCAGCAUGCCCUCAGAUUAUCUGCCUUUGGUCAGAUUUAUAAGGUUUUGGAGAUGGAUCCCCUCCCAUCAAAUAAGUCAUUUCAGAAAUAUUCCUGGUCAGUAGCUGACAAAGAAGGUACAGGCUCAUCUGCUCUCAAGAGACCAUUUGAAGAUGGUGUUGGGGAUGAUAAAGAUCCAAAUAAAAAGAUGAAGCGUAAUCUGAGGAAAAUACUAGAUAGUAAAGCAAUAGACCUCAUGAAUGCUCUGAUGAGGCUGAACCAAAUCAGGCCAGGGCUUCAGUAUAAACUGCUGUCCCAGUCUGGUCCAGUCCAUGCCCCAGUCUUCACAAUGUCUGUAGAUGUUGAUGGUACGACAUAUGAAGCAUCAGGACCUUCUAAGAAAACAGCCAAGCUCCACGUGGCAGUGAAGGUUUUACAAGCAAUGGGUUAUCCAACUGGUUUUGAUGCAGAUGUUGAAUGUGUAAGUUCUGAUGAAAAAUCAGAUAAUGAAGGUAAAAAUGAAACAGUGUCUUCAAUCUCAAGCAAUAAUACUGGAAAUUCUACAGCUGACACCUCUGCUACCCUAGAGGUAAGAACUCAGGGUCCUAUACUGACAGCAAGUGGCAAAAAUCCAGUGAUGGAGCUCAAUGAAAAGAGAAGAGGUCUGAAGUACGAGCUUAUCUCUGAGACAGGUGGAAGCCAUGACAAGCGCUUUGUGAUGGAGGUGGAAGUGGAUGGCCAGAAAUUCAGAGGUGCAGGCCCCAAUAAGAAAGUAGCAAAAGCAAGUGCUGCAUUAGCAGCACUUGAGAAACUGUUUUCUGGACCUAAUGCAGCAAACAACAAGAAAAAGAAAAUUCUUCCUCAGCAGACUAAAGGAGUUGUCAAUACAGCUGUUUCUGCAGCAGUCCAGGCUGUGCGAGGUAGAGGACGAGGUGCUUUAACAAGAGGUGCAUUUGUUGGAGCAGCUGCUGCUACUGGAUACAUAACACCAGGCUAUGGAGCGCCGUAUGGGUAUAGUACAGCUGCGCCAGCUUACGCCAUAUGCACUUGUAUAAAAUAAGCAGAAAUUUAAUGACUGUAAGCUGAGAUCGUGAUAUAAGAGGUAAGAGAUUUUAUUUUCAGCUUGAAGAGUAUUUUUACUGUUGUUUUUUUUCCUAAAAAUCUCACAUACCUGUGAAAGUAUAUGGUGCAUUUUUUAUUAUUUACUUCUGUGUUUAAACAAGUGAUACUUAGGUCUAAAAUCCAGCUUUUUAUGUUGUCAAGGCCAGUUCAAAUAUUCUGGUUUGAGUUUAAUGAGAAAAUAUUAGUUAAAACUUUUAAGAAAUAGUUUGGUUUUAUCAACAGACUGUUCUACUUUAAAUGUCCUUUUGCAUAGCCUAAAAAGCUCUACUGAUACUGCUGUGUAUGAGGCAUUGCAUUCCUUGCAUGUUUGUUGAAAACAUUUGGAUAGGUACUAAAGCCAUGGCCUGCACUGAAAGCCACGCCAUGGUGACAGGGAUGUGAAAUAAAAAUGCCAAGUGGAAUAUGUAACGCUAUCUAACUAGUAAGGGAGAAAUUAUUUCCCUGAACUACUAAAGCUGAACUCCAACUGGAGAAUGAAAAACUUCACUGAUAUUACAUCUUAAAUCUGCAGAGAUCAGAUUACACCAGGCCAAGUUAAUUCACAAAGCAGCUGGUUUGCUUUCCUCUUGUGGGCACAGGAAGGCAGGCAGGCAGGCAGGGGUUUAAGCCUGCAUGGAUAAAUUGUUCAGCUGUAGUUUUCUAAAGCUAGAAAUGAAAAUAAGAGACAUCCAUAAAUAUUUUCAGUUCUGUAGUAGAUGUUUUAACUACUGUUUUACAUGGAGGAAAAUGGUUUCAGACUUAUAUGGUGCACAUGAUAUGUGUAGUUUUAAAAUAGUUACUUUUUUAAUUUGCAUUUAUAUAACCUUACAUUAUGCAAAGUUGCAUAGUACAGUGCUGCUUAACUGCAGCACUUGCAGCACUUGAAGUUGCUGGAAACAACUCUUUUUAUAUUAAAAAUAAAAAUUAAAAAAAAAGGGGGGGGGAGUAGGGUGAUGUAUUAACAUUUUAGGGUCUCAAUUCAGAGAUGAAAGCAUUAAAUAGCCCUGACUGAUCACAGUUCAUACUGAUUCAAGACUAGAAAAUCACUUGGUAUGAAAUAUGUAAUAGUAAGUCAGACCCAAAGCUUGUUGUUUUGCAUCAAAAUAUAAUGCCAAAAACAAACCGUAUUUCAUUUCAAUAUUGAAAACAUCAAACUCAGUAAAUAAACUGCAUGUGUAGGUUCUCCAUAAUUGAGGAUAUGUCUGGAGAGAAUUCAUAGGCUGAUGUACAAAAGUAGCUGUCAAAUUUUGUUAGUUUAGCUAAUGUCAGUGGAAGCCUGACCUUGCAAGUGGCCUAUGUGUUUGCACUGGGGGAAACGAACUUAAGGAACUUUACCAAUGACUUGCCUGUUAAAGCACAUAACAAUUUGAUUGCAUUUGCAGGUGCAAUUGAUGAGCCAUCAGAAUGUACUUCCUAUUUGGUGGUGCAGAUUUUCAUCUUCUGUUACCUUCAAGGUGCAAACACAGAGCUUGGUCUGAAGCUCAUUUAAAAUUCAUUUCAUUCUUUCAGCUUGUCAAUCCUGAUAGUGGAGCAGCAGGCUGCUCUGCUUCCUCUGGAAGACAGUAUUUUAUAUGCUUCAAGGAAUGUUAAGGUGCAUUAUAAUUAACUUCUCUCAAGUAUUCCUUUCCUAGGUUUAACUCAGACUGAUUACAGUCUGACAAGCAGUCACCUGUCCAGUUCGAGAACUGAAUAAUGAAAUGUCUUGCUGACUUCUUUGAUCUCUCUUUUGUGGCCUGUAUUUGUCAGCUUAAUUUAUGUGUAUUGCUUUCCAUCAGCACUGUUUUGACUGUGAACUUCCAUGUUUUUUGUCAUUACUGCUUUAACUCUUGGAACCCCAACCAUUCUGCCCUUACUGUUCUUGAAAUUUUCACUUUCUUGGAUCUUCUUUUGCUCACUGAAAAGAUACUGAAUGUCUUUGGUAUGUUUUUGCUCAUAAAGCAGUAGAUACCUCCAAAUUUGUCCUCAUGGCUUUGCUGCACCCUUUCUCAGUAGGAUGGACAACAUUUCCUUAUGUUGAAAUUCAUACUGUACUCCUAUACCUGCUUUCUUUGAAGCCAUUCAGAAUGGCAGGUAAAACAGCCCAGGAACCUCACUCAUUCCUGGUGGAACUUCAGCAAAACAUGAAUGUGCUGAAGCAUCACUCAUGUGAGUUCCACACAUGCCUAAUAAAUGGGCAUUUGAGAGAAUAGUUACGGUCUAAAUUCUAAGAGUAGCUUUUUACUUAGCUGAAAUACAAGGCUAUAAUUUGAUGAGUAAAUUGGAUAACAGCUGCUCGAUCAAUUUUGUAACAGCCACUAUUAUUCUAAGGCAGAGAUAGAAUCUGCUUUCUUUUGCGUAAAUAUCUAAUUUCCAUUUUAAAAGACAUCUCAUGGGAGCAUGGUCUCAAAGUGCCUUUCCUGUGAGCGUGAGGUCUGCUAUUUGAUGGUUACUGAGCAUUGUCUUUCUGGAUAUAGCCAGUAGUAAAAUGUGGAAACUGGUUCCACGUGCUUUGUCAAUUUGUAGUAACAUGUCUGUGAAGCAAAAAAUAUUACAGUUUGAACUUCUGGUUCGAGGAAAGAAAGAAUUCUGAAAAAGUACCUUUCAACUGCUACAUAUAAAUAAGACAUUUGGGAAAGUCUGUAUCUAUUCACUUCUCACCUUAACUCUAGUUUUAGCUAACCAGACGCUAGUGUGUAUUUUGGGAGAUGAUGUCUGGCACUUAAAGGAUUAAAAAGAAACCAGAACUUUACAAUGAAAAACUGGCUUGUCUAGUGUGUUGUCUGGAUUGGAGAUGAACAGAAUUUACAUUGACGUUGGAAGAAAAAUGUGAGCUUGAGUGGUCUGCUUGGUUGACGCUGAGAGAAGUAAAGCUCUUCACAGAACUGAGAGAUGAAAAUGCAGACUGUCCCAUUGUUAAAACAGCAUUUAUUUGCCUUUAGCUGCUUUUCAGUGCAAAGCUGUAAUCAUGCAGGUAUUUACUUGCCUUUUGUAACAAUUUGGGUUUCAUGGCACUGUGCGAGGGAGAAGGUAUAACCAGCCUGCUGAGUUAUCCAUGCAGGACAGUAGUCCUCACCGAUAGAAAUCCCUAGAUACUGUACACUGCUAACCAUUCCUCACCAUUUUCCUUCCUAAUGGGUGAGUGGCAUCUGGAAUGCUUGUCAAUUUACCCAGAUAUAAAACUCUGUGUUAUGAAGGAAUUAUAUACUUUUUAUAAGGGAACUUAAAUCCUGCUUUGCCAACCGCAUGAGAUUUCUACAGGCGUGUUCUGUCUAGAGAAGGCUUUAAAACGAAUGACUGGGAAGGGCAUUGCUGUCUUGAGCUGGUGUUUUAACUGUACAUUAUACAAACACUAUAUAAAAAUCUGCAUAAACCUUUUUGAGAUCUAUUCCAUCAUCAUCCUGUGCUUGAAAGCCUGCUAUGUUACAGAACCAGAAUUGAAUGACAGUGAAAGGACUUGGCUAGAUGAAAGCAUGGUACACGAUGCUUCCUGCCACCAUGUUCUCCCUCUGCCAGGGCUUGCUGUCUUCCUUAAGCACACAUGCAGGAGUUGGAACAUGCUGACCUUAUUCCUGGGCACUGAGCCACACAGAUGGAGGAAGGCCAGUCUCUACCCAUGAAGGGUCUGUGUAAUGUGCAGCCUCUGUUGCCCAAACAGUUUCUGUUGGACACAGAACACAAUCCAAUUCUCACAAAGACAAUUUAGUGCCUGGGUAGGUGGUUCCUAAUCUGUCUAAUUUGUUGUCAUGCAGCCAGCGUGAGUUAAUAAAAUGAUUCAGCAAUCGUCAUGGCUCCUGCUGAAUGUGCUGUAAACCCUGCUGCCGUAAGUUCCACUGCACUUACUUAAAUACCUUUGCUCCUGUAAAUAUUGUGCCUACCACAGCCUCUUCUGAAUUUCCUUUUAGCAUCCCUGUAAAUAACCGAUUCUGUCGAAUUACAGACUCUUCUGUAUAUGAUUCUAGAUUACUGAAAGCUUUUAAUCAGCCUACAAAGAGUUCUAGGGAAACAGGUUUUCCUAGAAAGUCUAGGAACUAAAUGUGCUGAGGAACUAUUUCUACUCAUGCAAACAUCUGUGACAACUAUUCUAGUAUCUUUGAUCUUUAAUAGCAUUUGCCUUCUGGUGGGAAAAAAGAUUUAAAGUGUAACUAUUUUCUCCAAUUCAAAAAUUAUUUGUCUAUUUUUCCUUUCAUUGGACUGCUAAGCAAAGUUUCCCUACCCACCAGUUUCUUGCAUUACUAGGUAGAAAGAGGAGUGGCAUGGAAACCUUCCAGGUGGUCUGGGGAAUCGAUCUCCAGCCUGGAGGCUAUUCAACUGUGGGACAUCAAUCCCCUGGCAAUUGAAAAACACCAAAACAGCCAUAAACAUGAGCAGCUUUAGCAUACCAUGCUUGAUUCAGUCCAGCAGUGUCCUGAGCAAACCAGCCUAUAUGCCUCAGUAUUUCCAAUAAGCAGUCCCUGACAGAAAUACUAUAGAAGCACAUUGUCCUUGCUUCCUUUAUACCUCUGCACCUGUAUUUCUAAGAACCUAUGGAUCAUCACCGUCUAGUGGAGAUCCCUGAACUGUAUAAAUGAAUAGCAAACAGAUAGCAAAUGCAGCAUUUCAGUCUUAGACAAAAUUCUAAGUUUCUCUCUGCCUCCUUUGCUCCAUAGCCUAAGAUGCAAUCAUUCUGCAUUAUUACUUAGUGCAUUUAGCUAAAUACUCUGUAGACAGAUGCAUUUUAGUUGGUUAAUAAGGAGAAAAAACUGCCUCCCAUCUUCAAGUGAGUUCCAGGUCAUAGGAGCAGCUUAUAGAAAAGGCUUCUACUUCCUGAGGCUCUGGGAAACAGAACAAGAACUCUGCAAGGAUUGGAUUGUUUUGGAUACAUGAUGAGAUAUGUUCUAAUGAGUUAAGUUCAAAUUGCUUUUCUCAGCUGUAAAGCAGGCAGGUACCUCUCAUUUGAGAGGGGGAAAAAAAAAAAAAGAAAAAAAAAUCUCCCUGCUGCACUCACUGAGAAAUUCCACUCAGUACAGUUGUACUGUCUGAAGAAGCAGUAACCGUGUUUGGGACACAAACCCUCUCAAGCUUCGUGUUGGGGGGAAAAAAGAAAAGAAAGAAAAGAAACACUACUGAAAAAUGAGAUACUUUACUGACUUGUUCAAAGUGAAGCAAAGGUUUAUGCAUCCUCUAUCUACAGUAUGAGGCAGCUUGUCUAACAACACUCUGGUUUCAUUCUUCUGUUUUAACAGAUCUGAUCUGCUGUUAAACUGAUCCUUACUGUAAUGCAGAAUUUCUGUUAUAGUCAUUUUAGAGCAGUACCCAGGUCCCUGUGCUUAUGGGUUAUGACAGCAGCUUUCAUUCGUAUUUUCUUUAGAACUUUAACCAUUUAAGCUAGUAACUGUUUGACAUUAAGAGAAUUCUCAUCGUAAAGGUAAUUAUAAAGCUAGAAGAAAUUCUUUACUGUGGGGGUGGUGAGACACUGGAACAGGUUGCCCAGUGAGGUUGUGGAUGCCUGGCAUCCUGGCAGCAUUCAAAGCCAGGCUGGAUGGGGCUGUGAACCACUUGCUCUAGAGGGAGGUCUGAAGAAGGGGUUGGAACUACAUGAUCUUAAUGGUCCCUUCUAACCCAAACCAUUCUGUGAUUUAUUUCUCAACCCCUGUAGUUAUGCCUCUUUAUUGUAAUAAUUUCUGUUAUCUAAAUCCAUGACUAUUUUUGUGCAGGCUCUUUACUGCCCUGAAAUAUCUUCCCAUUUCCCACUGUACUCACAAAAACGGUAGCGAUUCAGCUGUUGUGUACAAGUGGUAACACAGGUCAUAAGGUAAUACAAAAACAUGAGUAGGGUCUUCCAGAAGAGGAUAUUCUUUCUGCUUGACCUAGCUGAUAAUGCAUAGGCAGUGGAAUGCCUUAGUAAAAGUUGUUCUAUGAGUUUUGUGAGAGAAAAAUUCACUUCAGUGUAAGAUUCAAUUCAGUGUUUUGUCUCCAGUUCUUGUGGCUAAAUGAAAAAUUCAGGCCAAAUACGUACCUUGACGCUUACGAGGAGCUGAAUGAUCCAAAGUGGUAAGUGGAGAUGUGCAGUUCAAAAGCAAAUUUCUUAUUUUAUAUGUUGUUUUGUUAUGUAUUUGGUGCCUUAACUCUUUACAAUCUAAUGUUAAAUACACUGUACAAGGGGUAGUUUAGUGGCUAAGGAUACUUUAAUGAUGUUACUGAACUAGCCUACAGGAACUGUAGCAACAACUGAAGGCUCAGUGGGUGAGUUCACUUGCAUGUUUAAUUAAUAAUCCACUGAUACACAGGAGCUGAAGAAUUUAAAGAGCAAAUAAAAAUUUUAACCGUAGAUUGAGGCAGAAGAUAUCAAAUUUCCAACUUCAAAGGUUUGUGGCAAUAAGGUAAUGGUACAAUCUCUUCUACCCUGUGUAAACAAUGAUGAAAACGUAAUUCAGCUGCCCAGUAGUGCAAGUUUGUCAAAAUCUCUAGACUCUUAUCUCCACUAUGAUAAAUCACACUAAAUCUAGAGGGCAUUAAUUGAAUGUAGUCAUCCACUGCUACAAGGGAGCUGAGAUGAGUUAGAGUUGCAAUAAAUCAAAAUUUAAGUCCAAAAUAGUAUAUGGACUUGCACCUACUUCCUGCCUCUUACCUGAAUCUAGAAGCUCCCAGUUGCCAUAAGCCACUCUGCAGUUUACAAGGUGCAGUGCAGCUUCUACUUGAACUUUGCUGGCUGAACACACCUGGUUCUGGUAGAAUGCACUGAGAGAGAGAGAGAGAGAGAAGGAAAAAAUGAAGGUAGAACGUUCCAGUCUGAGGAAGAUAACAGACAGCAGGUUUGGUGGAAAAGAUGAACUGCCUUUUCCAAAGCCAUAAAUGCCAAUCUACGGUAAAAAAAGGACAUUUGUCUACUAUGGUAAAUCAGCAGCCUUAGUAAACUAACAGCAAUGGGAGAUUAUAUUGUUUUUUUCCUAUAGUUUGCAAGAAAUUAGGUAAGAGGCUUAAGCUAUCCAUAUCACAAGCUAAAAGCUGCUGCAGCAGAUUAUACUUUUUCUCCACUUUUGUAAAUAAGCAGGUAAUACAAAGAGGAGGUGGAGAAACAGGAGAAAUCCAAUGAACAAAUUCUAUUUGCCAAUGCAGCUCUGUCCAGAUGGGGAGACUGUUCCAUGCAGUAUAGUAUACUAGUAUAGGAAUACUAGUAACUUGUACAACAUUCUAGACAAUUUGGUCUUGAACAGAACAGAAUGUUAACAAGGGAAAGCAGAUACUGCUCCCAGAACUACGUGUUCUAAUGUACAAAUUUCAGGUCUAUAAUACUGGCGUUAUGACAAAGUAGGUUCAUCUUACCAUUAAAGCUUAUUUUCAAAUUCUAUCCACUUACAUUUCUUAAGCUAACAGCGUGUUUAAUUAUAACACUAAUCUGUAAGGGAAUAGAGCAGAAGGUAAGUUUUAGCUUUGUAUUUCAAAGCUGCUGUGAAUAAGUUGGUUAAUAGUAUUCCAUGGAAAUAACUUGAUGUACUUAUUUAUUUGUGCUCAUUUCUGUGUUCUUAGAAAAGCACAAGCUUCUGUAAGCAUAACCACCACAAAGCCACUCAGGGUACUUUGUCAUCUCAGCAGUGGACACUAACUGCAUCUUAAGUCAGCAGGCACAAAUAGAUCAAGUUUAAUUAAGAGGAACAGAACAUCUUGGCAGGUUUGCUUUACUACCAGUACUGUUAUAAUUUAAUGAUCUAUGCAUAUGGAAAUGUGUGUAUUCCUGCGCUUCUAGUAUAACUUAGUUUCUGCAAGAGCAUCCUGCAAACUAAACAAGUAGAGUAUUAUUCUUUCAUUAAUCCCACAAAGGGCUGUUUAUAAGCAAUUGCAGAGUGAUAAUGCUCCAAGCAGAAUAGCUGUGGGCUGAAGAACAGUAUUCAGAGUAGUACAGCUUUCAGAAAUUUAGAUACAUGAAUUUAAUUCUGAAACUUCUAAUUCACUGUAUAGAUUGUUUCUUGUGUUUUCAAACUAGCAUCACUAGUUCCCUGCUCCAAGUAAUGGAAUAAAGUUAAGCAUAGUUUUCCAACAGCACAUUAUUACAUGGAAAUGUACUGGAAGAAAAUUGAGGCUAUACUGCUGAGAGCAUGUUCUACUACACAGAGCCAUUCUCUGGGCAAUGCUGCAUAAUUUAAGAGUGGGUAAAUACGCCUUCAGGGACAACAGAACACAGAACAGAUGUUUAAAACAAAAACAACCCAGAAGAAGCCUUGAAGCUUUGUCCACUCAUGCACUUAUUCUUCCCUGAGAAAAGGUACAGGUGUUAGUGAGUUACAGAUCAGAUAUCACAAAGGCCUUUAAGGAUGAAUGUUUUAAAGGCAGCCUCCUUUGGACAGAAAAUAAAGGAAGCUGUCUCUGUCUUCCAGUUCCAAAGUACAGCGUCUUAUUUCUGAUCCUAACCCUAAAUCAAUAUUUAUUGAUCAAACUGACUAAGCUUUUUAGGUUGAUGAGCUCUCUACAGAGCAAUUCUGUUCUCCCCUUGAGCCUCUGCAGGGGCCAAUGACUGGUGCUUAACUACUACUUCUACUGCAGAAUGUCACCUGUUCUCCAGCUGUCUCAGCAUCUUCUGGGACACUUGCACUUCUAAGAGAGCAACACUGCUAUGGGGUAAUUCUCAAAAGUGCUAAAUACAGUGAAGCAAAUCCCCGUGGGCUGUACACUUUCUAAAGUCCUGCCCAGGGCUUAGUGGCAAAGUUGAGCAUGAAACCUGUACUGCCAGAAAUACCUGCCCCUUAACAAUAAGGGUAUCUAUGGGAAGGUGACUUUGAGGAAAGGCUGAUGUCUUCCACAUUCAACUCAUCUUAUAAACUUAAAAAAAAGUUGAGCUUCCACCAAAACUCAUUGCCAUUCUAAUAAAUUCAAACAACUGCUGUUAGUUUGGGCUAAAAUAUCUCCCGUGUAGCCCAAACUACCACCAGCACCACCUGAAGAACUUUAAGACUCAUCUGGAGGCAGAUCUCUGCUAAGAGAGUGCGUACUGCUAGGAAGACAGGUACUCUGGCAAUGCAGUAUGAUGGCACUUUUCUAAUGACAAUUACUACCUGGACGAGGAAAAGACCAAGGCAGGGCUUUGGGGCAGUGUUUCAUGCUCAGCAAGCUUGCACAGGGAAGGAAUGCAAUUCUAUAAAUCACUUGUACUGUAUUUCUGUUUCUAGACUUGAAUGAAUUUCACUUUUCCUUUGUGGGUCAUCAUAGUAAACGUUAAAGAAAAGGUCUAUUUUUAUAAAUAUUUCACCAGUUGAGAGGGCUGACCUGCAGCCAUCAGAUGGACUUACCCAUAGAGGACAGAAUGUUUAUUUUUACACUAACAUUACUUACAACAUUGAAUAAAACAAAACAAGGCCUUGAAUUCUCUAAAUCUUAAUAGUAUCACCAAAUUGCAGAAGUAAGUAUGUAUGGUGGACAGUUCCAUCCUUCCCAGUAAGUAUCACAAGAACUUACUCAGAAAUAAACUUCCAGAUGAAGUAUAAGAGAUCCUUGUGAUCUAACUACAGGUAAUUUACGAACCAGGAGAAAAUAAAGUGAGCUGGAUGUACUCACUAGCCAAAAAAACCUGCAAAUGUAAAGUAAAUGGAAUGCUCUUGGGAUACUGAGUUGCUUCCUCACAUGAUGCUGUACCCGGUACAUUUGGCUUCAUUUGGCUUCUGUGUUAUGGUUCAUGGGCCAGCCACUGUUAUAAAAUGUACACAACACCUAUAUUUGCACUGUAAUCUUAAUUCAUUCGCCACUGAUUGUAACCCAACGCUACAGACUUCUCUGUAUAUAAAACCAUGUCCCACUUGCUUUCAGUAGCAUACAAUAAAGGCUUAUAUCUCUGUAUACUUA